ACGACAAUUUUGUGCGCCGGAAAUGUUGACACCCCCGAGAAGUUUUCUAAUGCUGAUGUGUUACAAGAAAAAUAGACUAUAGCGAGACCCGUGAGUUUUUUGUUUAAUGCAGUAACAUAAUAACGACUAGAAGCUCUGGUGAGUUAGACGGAGGUCGAUGUCAAAGACGACGCCGUGGAAGAAAUCAGUAGCACCGGCUCAGAGAAGGAAUGGCGCCCAAAGGUAAAGUUGGCACUAAGGGAAAGAAGCAGAUCAUGGAGGAGAAUAAGGCAACUCUGAAAUUCUACAUAAGAAUCAUCCUAGGAGCUAAUGCCAUAUAUGCUGCAGUAAAUUUAGUGGUUUUCUACAGUUCCUCUACGUUUUGGACAUGGAUGAUGCCUGUGUUUGCACUAGCAGUGUAUUUCGGGAGUUACCGCUUCAUGUCUAGCAUGGCCAAGCCGGUGUAUGCUGAGGAUGAAAGUCUCCUGGACGGAGGAACAGACUUAAACAUGGAACAGGGAAUGGCAGAGCACCUGAAGGACAUCAUCCUGCUCACAGCCAUAGCACAAGUGCUCACCAUUAUUACCUCUUACUUCUGGUAUCUUUUGCUGCUGGCCCCAGCUCGUGCCGUGCACCUCCUGUGGGUAACCUUUUUGGGCCCCUGGUUUUUGACAGAAAGCCCAUCAGCAUCAGAGGAAGUCAAUGAGAAGAAGCAGAGAAGACAAGAGCGCAGACAGAUAAGGAAAUUCUGAUGCUGUUUAGCAAACGGAGCAGUAUUUUUCUACACAGAAUCUAAUAUACAGAUAGUGAGGAACUCGUAAGUUAUUCAGGAUCAAAUUUUGUUAUUAAGUUAAACUCAAUCCAAAUCUGAUACUGUGGAAUCUUGUUUUCAUGUAUAUUUUCUUUCUGCUUUUUCCUAUAUUCCAAUUUUCUCCCUAAUUUAUGGAAUUAAAUGUUUCCCAUUUAGAUAAUGUCAUGGUCUAUAUAUCAUUUGUCCUUGUACAGAAAUUCAAGAUUUGCACAAUUCUGUCACACUGCCCCCUGCAGGUUUCCAGUACAUUUCACACCACAUACCAUCAUAUGAUGAAAAAUUUGUCCAAGCUUAAUUUAUUCUGACAGUUCUACAUUCGUCAUGUCUUUGAUAUAGUUUAGUUUAUUUUUCUUAACAUGUCUCUAAUGUGACAGAAUUUAUCAUUGAUCAUUACAGAGCCAAGAGCUUUUAUUUGUGAAUUAAUAAGUCUUAUAAAAUCAACUGGAUGCCAGUCAUGUUUUAAUAGGGAAAUGGGAAUGUUUUUCCAAUAAAAUAUUCCUCCAAUGUGUGGAACUUACCGUAUGUUUGUUCAGUUGUUAGAAAAGCUCUUUUGCUUUCUUUCUUUGUUUUUUACCAUUAUGCUUUUAGUCUUGACUUAUUUUCAAGUUUUCUUGGAGGCUAAAAUCUGCUUUUGGUACCUUAAUAAAUUCAUUUGAGCAGAA